ACGUUUUCAUUAAUGAAUUUGGUACCUCUCGAGUAAUUUUAAUUUGAAUUCUUUGAAUAUUAAUCACUUACCUAUGCAAUGCCUUCUUUAUGUAUAAAUGGGUAAUUAUUGCCCGAAAUUUUGUUACCGAUAUUAUUAGUUGAAAAUAAUCUAAAAUGCUAUAUCUGUCAUUAUGUUUGCUUUUGUGUUCCUAUUUUGUAGAAGAAACGAUCGGUUACAUCACAGAUCUAGGCACGCUACCUACCUUCAGCGACUGGGCCAUAAUUCCAUAUACGAUAGCAACCUAUGGUCGAGUCCUUUAUAAAGAAGAUGGUAAAUAUUUCUUUAAAAAUACCAGUCGAAAUUUAGUCCCCGAAGGUGAACAAGUGGAAUACUUCAAACACUUCUUGAAAAGCAGCGAAAUAUACGUCGAUAAAAGCCCGUUCAUUACCGAAGUAUUAAACGAUCCCAACCGAGCGAUUCGUAUCCUCAGGCCUAGAAUGUGGGGCAAAACGUUAAACCUAAACAUGUUGGAGAAAUUCUUAGAAAUCGAGGUAGACGAGAAAGGUAAUCCAGUCGACGAGAAAUUCAAACGAAAUCCCGAACUGUUCUGCGGAGCAGGAUCCAAGCAAUUGAAAGUUUGCAAUGAUAAAGAAUCCAUGAACGUUUUUGGUAAACAUCCUGUUUUAUCGAUUAGUUUGAAAGGUAUACGAGGAAAUUCGUAUAAAGAAAUCGAACUCGGUAUUAGGGAACGACUCACUACUGCUUUUCAAAAACAUUACUAUCUGAAAAGGUAUUUAAACGAUAAUGAAACUUUAUUACCAUUCGUAGCCAUGAAGGAUAGAUUAUUGUCUUUGAUGGAAGGUGAUCCUCAUACCAUCGAUAUGCUGUGUUCGAUUCAGUUCGUAUCCGAGUUACUCUACAAUCACCAUGGCAAUUCAACUCGCGUGUAUCUUCUGAUCGAUGAUUUUGAUAGCCCUAUUAUCAACGCUUUCGCAGCAUUUGGGCAUAAUAAGACCGAAUACGACGAACUCAUGGAAUUCGUACAAGGCUUUUAUUCGAUGGGUGUGAACGAUAAUGAAUAUCUUGAGAAAGUCGUCAUGACUGGCACGUACCAUUUGUAUUUGGAUGACGAUUUCGCCGGACUGACCAACGUAACGGAGUAUAAUAUACUUCAGGAUGAUAAAUAUGGCAAGUAUUUUGGAUUCAGUCAGCAAGAUGUGGAAGGUUUACUGGCAGAGAAAUCCAUUUCAACUCCAAUUUCUCAAGUUCAGCAGUGGUAUAAUGGAUAUAAAGUAGGAGGAAGCGAAUCUGUAUAUAAUCCCGGAUCUGUGAUGCAGUUUAUACAAAAUGGAGGUAAAUUGGACCAAUAUACUGUUCAAAAAGUCAACGAUCCAUUUCUCACUAAAAUAUUAGCAUCCGAUGAAGCUAAAUCUGUUCUGAGAAAAGUAUCCACAGAGGAGUUGCUGGUAGAAGGCGAUGAAGCAGAUAUAGAAAUCGAUCCUCCUCAGAAUUAUGUGAGUAAAUCGAUCGUAUUAAUGUGUAAUGGAAUUCUGACUCCUACCAUGAUCGAUUUGGAGAAAGAAGUUUUAAAACUCAAGUUGCCUAAUGAAGAAGUGAAGGAGUUUGUGAAAAAAGUGCUGGCGUAAUUCGAUGGUAUUAUUUAUUAGAUUAGGUAUUAUGUUUUGUUAAGGAUUUAUUUUAAUAAUGUGUAUUGAUUGUUUUUUUUCAAAUUUUGAUGCGUAAUGUAGAUAUUAAUAUUACAGUUUUUUUGGGAGGCUUGAGAA